AUGUUGAAGGUGGAAGAACGGGCACUUGAAGCGUCGGAGAAUCGUUUAUCAGCUUCAGCAGCUCGGGGUUCUCGCGAAACUGUCGCGCGAAUUCAGAAUUCUGAAAAUCGUCAGUCUGUACACGGAGUUGUUGCAUCGUUGAUCCGUGCUGCUGAAGAAACCCGCUAUAAGGCUUUAGAUCGGUGUUUACAGCUACAGCCAAAUAGAUUUAGCACUAAUGGAACUGUGUUGCAACAGGACGUAGGGACACAGACAAGUCCGGUGUCGUUGUCAAGAUCAAGUUCUUUUGACUGGAUUAACGAGCCGGCAGAUCCAACCGCAGUUGAUCUCAAGUCAAAUCAAUUUUUUCCGGACUCUGAAUUUGCGGGAGGUCAGCCAGCUCAGUCUGUUAUAAACCUCGGUAAUCUUGUGGGGAACUUACCAGGUUAUCAUUCGACAAGUCCAAAGUCGUCAUCUCCUACGUUACAUUCGAGCCGCUCAACACCUUCUCGGAUUAUACGACCUGAGCCUGUUGAUGACGUAUCCAAUGACGACCUAGGUAAUAUGAUUAAAAGAAACGAUAAAAUUCGACUCCAUCUAACAAAUGAUCGUCAGUUGCGGGCUAACCAAGACAUUGACGAAAGUAUUGCAAUGUUGUUGGGUUAUGCAGAAGAUUUAACGCCAUUAACACGGCGUAAAAGUUUGAAAGGCUGCAUGAACGGUGAUCUGGCCAAAUAUUCAAGCGGUUUAUGUCCCAAAAAAGAAAAAUUUGAUAAUUUAUCAUCGACUAAUCGCUGUACAUCACGUUUUACAUAUGUUGGUGACGAAAUUUCUUCAAUGCCUAAUGACACACCGGAAAAGAAUAAAGGUCCAUUGAACAAUACAUCAAACGGAUUCUGUGCUGGUUCAUCGGUGAUGAGCGACAGCAUUUACGACAAUGUUCAGGGAUUUCGUCGACUACAGUGUUGUGAUGGAGAAAAUGAGCUGAGCAGCUUCGACUACGAUACUUUAGAAGAGCAAAAACUUGAAAAAACCGGUACCGCAGUAGUACGGAAUAACGCAGAGUUUGCAAGUAACUCUGGUUUACCGACACGGGAUAUCAGUGUUUGCUCGGGACUUCUUGCGGAUAGUGAAAGUUCUCCGUCAAGUCCGCCACCAAAUUUUUUGCCGGAGAAGAAGAACGAUAAAAAUUCGACACGAACAGUUACAAGCGGCGCUAUACGACGACGAUCAAAAAUUGCACCGACAGAAGUUAAGGCAAGUUAUUGUAUGGAACUAACGAACGAAAACAAUGACGUUUCAUCACCAUCUUCACCACCGCCGCCGUCACCACAAUCGGUAAAGGUGCAACAUUUACCAAAUUUAGCAGAUGUUAUUACACGAAACAAUAAAAUGAUGCAACACGCCGGAAGUUGUGACGAACUGAAUAUACAACGAGAUCAACAGGGGAGGGGAUAA